UGAUGUUAUGAUUUUAACAGGUAAAAGGGAUCGGGGCGCAAUCGUGGUGUAAUUAGUCGGGUCAAAAAAAGAAAAAUUGCGCAAUUGUGUUGUAGCCUCUAUCCUUGUUUCUUUAAGAAUUUAAAUUAAAUUAUUUUUUUUUAAUUUUAAGUUGAAACGUGUAACAUUAAUGUCAUAAAGAGUAUAAGCUAUAACUGGAAAAGGGUUUUUAUAGCAUACUCUUGGCAUAAAAUUGUAAAUGAUUCUCGUCACAAGUUUAAUGCUUUUCACUUUACAUCAAAAAAGUACGUUUAAAUGACAAAAAAAAAUCAAUAGGUACAAAAGACACAAAUCUGAGCCUUUCGUUUGGAUUUGGCAACGUUGUAAAUGAUCAUACAAUACGCAGUACACACUUCCAAAACCGGUUAUUGGCGUGGUGCUCAUCACGAGAUAACUACCCGCCGAUAGAAGUGGCGGAAUACUAAGUGAAGGACAAUGGUUGUAGCAGUGCCACUAAUGCUCCGCAGUGGGCGGGUUCACUAUGUCAGUAUAACGACGUCACGCUAUAUGACCUCGCUUGUAUUAUUUUGGUAUAAGCCAAUGUACAUCGGAAUUUCUUUUAUUGUGAUACACCUGUUGUCCAGUGGGGCAGUAUUGACUACCGAGUACAGUGUAUAUACGCACACGAAAACAUUCCUUUUCAACUACUUCUUCAUUAUUGUCACCGCCACUACUCGUAUCACAUGGUUAUUUAGUAUAAAUUGUCAUUCAGCAGUUCUUGAGCAGGUUUCCGCCGAAGACGGGUUACUUCUGCUGCCAUCAUUAUUAAUAUUCGUUAGCUAAUCACCGCCAUGAUGCAUCGACCGGUGGGAUUAACGCUGAGAAAACUAUGUGGCGAACUUGUGUGCCCCAAAUACCAUUUGUGCCAGAUCCACGAUCUCCAAUGCUAUCCAUGUCAAUCGUACUGCAACGAGACAUCAAAUAAUUUCGACGCCAAUAUAUGUGAACAACAGUGCCAAGAUUACAUUCAUGAUUACAUUCAGCAUUAUGUUAAAGCUAGCGAAAUCCAGGGUUCACUUCAAGAUUUGGAAAUCUUGAAAUUGAUGAUAAUUUGUAUAACGGUGCUGAUGAUUUUAGCGCUCGUGUUAAUGUCUAUAACGGCGGUGUUUAUGUGGAAUCAAAAAAAGAAUAUGUGGAACAUUGAGAACAAUAGCAAAGAUUCGUAUUUAAAGAAAAAUAUGUUUUCUUUAAAGUUAAAUAACAACGCGGUAGGUAUGAUGAGCGAAACGAUGGACAAACCGUUGACUGAAUCAAUGAUGAUAGCAGCACCUAAAAUGCCGUGCUCGUCACCGAACAAGCUACCCUGCGAAGAUGUGACGCUUGAGACCCAGGAAAACACCAGCUAUGACAACUUGGCGAUGUGGAAAGUGUCUCCCGAGAUCUGUAGUAGCAAUCUGUAAAUGACGAUAUUUAAUAAAUAUAUUAAUUAAUAUUAUAAAAGGUAGAUUUCGACUAACCUAUAUAUUAUUAUGACAUUAUAUAUAUUUAUAAAUGUAUUUUUUUUAAUAAUAAUAACUAUUUAUUAAUAUUAUACAAUAAUACAAUAUUUACCUAAUAACAUAUUCUGGUGAACUUAUCUUCUAAAAGAAAAGCUUGAGUUGAAGGUAGAGAUCAGACUUAAUUAUGGAUAUUAUAUACUACAUUACCUAUAUUAUAUUUGUAAUACUUACAUCAGUUACAUCUAUUCUACAAUAAUAAACAAA